AUGGAUGAGGUUAGACAUGGAGGUAGUAGUAGUUGUAGUAGUGAAGCGGAGCAGACUCAGUCCAGAGCUACGUUUGUUGAAACGGCGUCGUCUUCCUCUUCAUCAGGAUGCUGUCCCAGGGAGCUUGCUUUUGCUCCUUUUGUGCCGCAGCAACAAAAAGAAGAUAAACGAGUUAAUGCUGCUGGGAAAUCCUCAAAGUAUCGUGCACUUGUUAGGAAGCCUUUGGUGGCAAGAUUGACCAAGGAAAUAGUUGAAACAUAUCAAAUAUGCAAUCCACAGUUUAAAUAUUCCGAAGAUCUAAAUCCAAAGAGAUUUUUGACCAGUCCAUCUACUGGAGUGCUUAAUGAUGGCUAUGAUAAUCUAAACUCAGAUCUUAUUCUGACAGUGAAUUUGGUCUUGAUCCAUGUAGAGAAAAGUAGAAGAUAUACUGUCAAAGAUCUCCUUGGCCACGGGACAUUUGGACAAGUGGCCAAAUGCUGGGAUUCCGAUACCAACAGUUUUGUUGCUGUGAAGAUCAUUAAAAAUCAACCUGCGUAUUAUCAACAGGCGCUGGUUGAAGUAACUAUUUUAACAACGUUAAAUAAGAAGUACGAUCCUGAGGAUAAGCAUCACAUUGUUCGUAUAUUUGAUUAUUUUGUAUAUCAACGGCAUUUGUGCAUAUGCUUUGAAUUGCUGGACACAAACCUGUAUGAGCUUAUCAAAAUGAAUCAUUUUAGGGGAUUGUCACUUGGUAUUGUUCAGCUGUUCUCUAAGCAGAUUUUAUGUGGACUGGCUCUAUUAAAAGAUGCUGGCAUUAUUCAUUGUGAUCUGAAGCCAGAAAACAUCCUUUUAUGUGCGAGUGCGAAUCAAACAGAAAUAAAGAUUAUUGACUUUGGAUCAGCAUGCAUGGAAAACCGCACUGUGUAUUCCUAUAUUCAGAGUCGAUACUAUAGGUCUCCUGAGGUUCUUCUUGGAUAUCAUUAUGGAGCAUCAUUAAAGAACAUUUUUUGUUCAACUGGAGCUACUGUCCAUCACCCCGGACCAUGUUUUCCUUCAUUUUGUUCACAGGGGUGGGGAAUGAAUUUGUUGAUUUGCCAAAACGAAGUCUUUCUUCAGUACUCUUUAAUGUCCCAGUUUUACUAA